AUGGACCAGAGUCAGGUGUGUUUAAACGGGUUAAACGAUGAUAAUAAAAUGGCUCUUAUAACAUGGAUGAAGGUGACCAAUGCGAGUCUUAUUCAAGUAAAUGGACAAAGAAAAUAUGGCGGUCCACCUCCAGGUUGGAGUGGAGAAAUUCCAGGCAGCGGCACGGAAAUAUACAUUGGAAAAAUACCGCAGGUCAUCUACGAGGACAAGCUAAUUCCGCUUUUCGAGCGCGCUGGGAAACUGUACGAAUUCCGGUUGAUGAUGGCCUUCAGCGGUCUGAACCGAGGGUUUGCCUAUGCUCGUUAUGAGAAUAAGCGCAGGGCCUUUGCUGCCAUAGCUGCUUUUAACGGCUAUGAAAUUCUAGCUGGCCAUAAGAUUGUGGUGUGCAGAAGCACUGAGAAGUGUGAACUUUUGCUUUAUGGCGUUCCAUCUUUUCUGGACCACGGAGCCGUAGAAAGGUUCUUGGAGGAGAACACAUCAGGCGUGGAAGAGGUUGUUCUGUAUCAGAGUCCGGCAAAGGAAGAUGUAAACCUGGCGAUAGUGAAGUAUCGCUCACAUAGAGCAGCGGCCGUGGCUAAAAAAAACAUAUGUCAAGAUCUGCAGCCUAUACGCGGUCAUCUGCUUACUGUGGACUGGUUGAAGUCUGAAGUCAAACAUUACCUUCAAAGUAAUUGUCCUCAGCUCGGCUUCCAUGUGCCACGCUCCAUGCAUCGAAAACCGAACACCGAUAACAAGCUGUCAGACACCCGUGGAUGCUUUGAAAACGGGCAGCUUAUUAAAGCACUCUCACAUCAGACUGCAUCAACACCACCGGUUUCCGUGGCCAUCAGACCCAGCAGCGCUGAGGAGUUCACCCCACGUAUCUCCAACAGUCAUGGCCCAGAAGUAGAGGAUGUCUCCCGAUUCCUUGGACACGCGUGGAGGAACCGGUGGAAUACGGAUCAGAUGCAGAGCCGUGACACAUGGGCUAUGGUGCAGAGAACUCUACAUUUGGAGGCGUUACUGAAGGCGCUUAUCAGCAGAAACGAUGUACAAGAAAAACCCAGAGAUGCUCAGCCAGCCACGUUACUGCCGGGAAACCAGAACCUAACCGUCCGCAAUCACCGGGGAGCAGGAACUGGAAGAGGGGAUGGGGAGCGCGACACAAGAGCGUUGGACACGGUGGAGACAGUAUCCCAGCCGGUGAUUCUGGGGCACCUGAUGCAAGAUAUUCAGAAGGCAUCUGAAGAGGUUAAAGAGCAAGUUGUGGCAGUUUAA